AUGCCCUGUGCGUCUGGCGGGGCACAGCAGUUUGGCAGUUGUCUUGUGUCUCAGAUUCACAACCCACGCGAGUCUGGCGGGGCACAGCAGUUUGGCAGUUGUCUUGUGUCUCAGAUUCACAACCCACGCGAGUCUGGCGGGGCACAGCAGUUUGGCAGUUGUCUUGUGUCUCAGAUUCACAACCCACGCGAGUCUGGCGGGGCACAGCAGUUUGGCAGUUGUCUUGUGUCUCAGAUUCACAACCCACGCGAGUCUGGCGGGGCACAGCAGUUUGGCAGUUGUCUUGUGUCUCAGAUUCACAACCCACGCGAGUCUGGCGGGGCACAGCAGUUUGGCAGUUGUCUUGUGUCUCAGAUUCACAACCCACGCGAGUCUGGCGGGGCACAGCAGUUUGGCAGUUGUCUUGUGUCUCAGAUUCACAACCCACGCGAGUCUGGCGGGGCACAGCAGUUUGGCAGUUGUCUUGUGUCUCAGAUUCACAACCCACGCGAGUCUGGCGGGGCACAGCAGUUUGGCAGUUGUCUUGUGUCUCAGAUUCACAACCCACGCGAGUCUGGCGGGGCACAGCAGUUUGGCAGUUGUCUUGUGUCUCAGAUUCACAACCCACGCGAGUCUGGCGGGGCACAGCAGUUUGGCAGUUGUCUUGUGUCUCAGAUUCACAACCCACGCGAGUCUGGCGGGGCACAGCAGUUUGGCAGUUGUCUUGUGUCUCAGAUUCACAACCCACGCGAGUCUGGCGGGGCACAGCAGUUUGGCAGUUGUCUUGUGUCUCAGAUUCACAACCCACGCGAGUCUGGCGGGGCACAGCAGUUUGGCAGUUGUCUUGUGUCUCAGAUUCACAACCCACGCGAGUCUGGCGGGGCACAGCAGUUUGGCAGUUGUCUUGUGUCUCAGAUUCACAACCCACGCGAGUCUGGCGGGGCACAGCAGUUUGGCAGUUGUCUUGUGUCUCAGAUUCACAACCCACGCGAGUCUGGCGGGGCACAGCAGUUUGGCAGUUGUCUUGUGUCUCAGAUUCACAACCCACGCGAGUCUGGUGGGGCACAGCAGUUUGGCAGUUGUCUUGUGUCUCAGAUUCACAACCCACGCGAGUCUGGCGGGGCACAGCAGUUUGGCAGUUGUCUUGUGUCUCAGAUUCACAACCCACGCGAGUCUGGCGGGGCACAGCAGUUUGGCAGUUGUCUUGUGUCUCAGAUUCACAACCCACGCGAGUCUGGCGGGGCACAGCAGUUUGGCAGUUGUCUUGUGUCUCAGAUUCACAACCCACGCGAGUCUGGCGGGGCACAUCAGUUUGGCAGUUGUCUUGUGUCUCAGAUUCACAACCCACGCGAGUCUGGCGGGGCACAGCAGUUUGGCAGUUGUCUUGUGUCUCAGAUUCACAACCCACGCGAGUCUGGCGGGGCACAUCAGUUUGGCAGUUGUCUUGUGUCUCAGAUUCACAACCCACGCGAGUCUGGCGGGGCACAGCAGUUUGGCAGUUGUCUUGUGUCUCAGAUUCACAACCCACGCGAGUCUGGCGGGGCACAGCAGUUUGGCAGUUGUCUUGUGUCUCAGAUUCACAACCCACGCGAGUCUGGCGGGGCACAGCAGUUUGGCAGUUGUCUUGUGUCUCAGAUUCACAACCCACGCGAGUCUGGCGGGGCACAGCAGUUUGGCAGUUGUCUUGUGUCUCAGAUUCACAACCCACGCGAGUCUGGUGGGGCACAGCAGUUUGGCAGUUGUCUUGUGUCUCAGAUUCACAACCCACGCGAGUCUGGCGGGGCACAGCAGUUUGGCAGUUGUCUUGUGUCUCAGAUUCACAACCCACGCGAGUCUGGCGGGGCACAGCAGUUUGGCAGUUGUCUUGUGUCUCAGAUUCACAACCCACGCGAGUCUGGCGGGGCACAGCAGUUUGGCAGUUGUCUUGUGUCUCAGAUUCACAACCCACGCGAGUCUGGCGGGGCACAUCAGUUUGGCAGUUGUCUUGUGUCUCAGAUUCACAACCCACGCGAGUCUGGCGGGGCACAGCAGUUUGGCAGUUGUCUUGUGUCUCAGAUUCACAACCCACGCGAGUCUGGCGGGGCACAUCAGUUUGGCAGUUGUCUUGUGUCUCAGAUUCACAACCCACGCGAGUCUGGCGGGGCACAGCAGUUUGGCAGUUGUCUUGUGUCUCAGAUUCACAACCCACGCGAGUCUGGCGGGGCACAGCAGUUUGGCAGUUGUCUUGUGUCUCAGAUUCACAACCCACGCGAGUCUGGCGGGGCACAUCAGUUUGGCAGUUGUCUUGUGUCUCAGAUUCACAACCCACGCGAGUCUGGCGGGGCACAGCAGUUUGGCAGUUGUCUUGUGUCUCAGAUUCACAACCCACGCGAGUCUGGCGGGGCACAUCAGUUUGGCAGUUGUCUUGUGUCUCAGAUCCACAACCCACGCGAGUCUGGCGGGGCACAGCAGUUUGGCAGUUGUCUUGUGUCUCAGAUUCACAACCCACGCGAGUCUGGCGGGGCACAGCAGUUUGGCAGUUGUCUUGUGUCUCAGAUUCACAACCCACGCGAGUCUGGCGGGGCACAGCAGUUUGGCAGUUGUCUUGUGUCUCAGAUUCACAACCCACGCGAGUCUGGCGGGGCACAGCAGUUUGGCAGUUGUCUUGUGUCUCAGAUUCACAACCCACGCGAGUCUGGCGGGGCACAGCAGUUUGGCAGUUGUCUUGUGUCUCAGAUUCACAACCCACGCGAGUCUGGCGGGGCACAGCAGUUUGGCAGUUGUCUUGUGUCUCAGAUUCACAACCCACGCGAGUCUGGCGGGGCACAGCAGUUUGGCAGUUGUCUUGUGUCUCAGAUUCACAACCCACGCGAGUCUGGCGGGGCACAGCAGUUUGGCAGUUGUCUUGUGUCUCAGAUUCACAACCCACGCGAGUCUGGCGGGGCACAGCAGUUUGGCAGUUGUCUUGUGUCUCAGAUUCACAACCCACGCGAGUCUGGCGGGGCACAGCAGUUUGGCAGUUGUCUUGUGUCUCAGAUUCACAACCCACGCGAGUCUGGCAGGGCACAGCAGUUUGGCAGUUGUCUUGUGUCUCAGAUUCACAACCCACGCGAGUCUGGCGGGGCACAGCAGUUUGGCAGUUGUCUUGUGUCUCAGAUUCACAACCCACGCGAGUCUGGCGGGGCACAGCAGUUUGGCAGUUGUCUUGUGUCUCAGAUUCACAACCCACGCGAGUCUGGCGGGGCACAGCAGUUUGGCAGUUGUCUUGUGUCUCAGAUUCACAACCCACGCGAGUCUGGCGGGGCACAGCAGUUUGGCAGUUGUCUUGUGUCUCAGAUUCACAACCCACGCGAGUCUGGCGGGGCACAGCAGUUUGGCAGUUGUCUUGUGUCUCAGAUUCACAACCCACGCGAGUCUGGCGGGGCACAGCAGUUUGGCAGUUGUCUUGUGUCUCAGAUUCACAACCCACGCGAGUCUGGCGGGGCACAGCAGUUUGGCAGUUGUCUUGUGUCUCAGAUUCACAACCCACGCGAGUCUGGCGGGGCACAGCAGUUUGGCAGUUGUCUUGUGUCUCAGAUUCACAACCCACGCGAGUCUGGCGGGGCACAGCAGUUUGGCAGUUGUCUUGUGUCUCAGAUUCACAACCCACGCGAGUCUGGCAGGGCACAGCAGUUUGGCAGUUGUCUUGUGUCUCAGAUUCACAACCCACGCGAGUCUGGCGGGGCACAGCAGUUUGGCAGUUGUCUUGUGUCUCAGAUUCACAACCCACGCGAGUCUGGCGGGGCACAGCAGUUUGGCAGUUGUCUUGUGUCUCAGAUUCACAACCCACGCGAGUCUGGCGGGGCACAGCAGUUUGGCAGUUGUCUUGUGUCUCAGAUUCACAAACCACGCGAGUCUGGCGGGGCACAGCAGUUUGGCAGUUGUCUUGUGUCUCAGAUUCACAACCCACGCGAGUCUGGCGGGGCACAGCAGUUUGGCAGUUGUCUUGUGUCUCAGAUUCGCCACGCACACAGCAGCACAACACAUCAGUACUCAGUGCUCACAGCAAGGCACUUUUGA